AUGAACGAAUCAGGCGAAUUUGCCCCGUUGCGGCAAAACGGCGUGAACAAAUUGCAGACGCACGAAAUGGAGAAGGAAGGGGUCACUGAUUUGCCCACCUUCUCGGAGGCCCCGGAAAUAAGCUCUAAAAUUUACGACCACAUCCUCGAGUUGGACUCCCGCGUGGAAGCGGGAAAUUCAAUUCGUUCCCGAGGAAACGGCACCGAAGCGACUGCUCGUGGGGAAGUCCAAGCAGAUGCAGAAGCCUACCGAAGCAGUCACGAAGUGAAUGGAAAGCCAGAUUCUAAUCAAAAUGACGAAAUGAGCGAAGAACAAUCCAUGGGAGAAUCCCAGCACAACAACACCGCGCUGUCAAACCCAAACUUCGACGAGCUACGAAUGGCUGCGAGAAGAGGAUCCAUGCAGGAUCUCAUCCAGGAUACACACAAAAAUACGCUGGAGCACAAGCAGACCAACUUUUUAUGCCUCGAGGAGAUUUUGAAGAAGAUGGACCUGAUACUGCAGCUGCAAUUGAAAAUGAGCCAGUCGAUUGCUUCUCACCGGGAGGAGCGGCAGUUGCUGUUUCAGCACCUUUACGAGGUAGCGCUCAAGUGUGCCUUCGCAUUGGUAGCGCGCAAGUGUAUCCUUCCAUUCGUGGCUACCUCACCCUCACCCUGUUACACGUCUACCUCCCCCCCUGAGCAGCUGAAAAAACAAAUCGCGGACAAGGCCUUCAACUCGCUGUGCAACAAAGACCUCGCUAGGCGAUACGUCGAAGGGGCUCAAGCGAAGCAAAAGAAAGAGAUCACAUUUUCCAAAACAGAACCCACGUGCGUGGAGUUACAAAGGGAGAAAUAUAACCGGACACAGAGCUGUGACGUGACCAAAAAGGGGACCAAGAAUACACGUCUCUUCUUUUUUCACUUAAGUGAAUUGGAAGAAUGCGUGUACUCCUUCACUCAUUUUUGCAGAGACAUGUCGACUCGGAUUUGUCUUCCCCCUGAGGGGGGGGGUACCCAUUUGGAUUCGCUUGAGCAGGGGGUACACGCACAUAAGCAGGACGGUGGAAGCAGGAAAAAAAAAAAAGAAGAAGCAACACGUGAUAUGCUUCCACUUUUUUUUUCCUUCCUAAGGGACCCCCAAGCAAUGCAACUAAUUAGGGGCCUCGAAAAGAACCUAACAAAGAUAAAGAGUAUGUGCAUGCAGAGCUAA